ACGUCAUCUAAAUGCGCCGGAAGUUGCCCUGUUAGCCGCAGUGCUUUUAGUUUCCACUCAGCUCGCUCAACCGACACCUCUGAGCUCCAGAAACAAAGUGCAGCGGGCUGAGAUAUCCGAUUUUAAAUCACUAUACUUUAGCUAAAUGGAUGCUACAAGUUAGCAUUUAGCUUCACAUAGGUAGACUUUUCAAUAACAGUAAGUUAUAUUGACGAAUCAGUUAUCUUUGCUAGCCGCGUUUGCUAGCUAACCAUCUUUUUGCCUGGCGUCACUUCCUACUUUUGAAACUCGCGGCCAGAAAGUAACGAAGCAGAGAUGGAGUUACAAGUGGGAACUGAACCGAUGACCCUGGGCUCUCCCACCUCUCCCAAGCCGACCUCUGGAGCUCAAUUUCUGCCCGGCUUCCUGAUGGGCGACCUGCCAGCACCAACUACCCCCCAGCCACGCCCCUUCAGCCUGGCCACGCCCAUUGUGGAGAGCACAGGUAUGCACCAAGCAGGAGGGGGUGGAGGAGGUUCUGCCCCGCAGCCCGUUGUCCCCACCCCCAAGGAUAAGAGUGGAGCCCCACCUGUUCGCAGUAUCCAUGACGAUCUGGUUGCUAUCGCGACGCCCCUCAACACACACAGGCAGUCUUUUCCAGUUAUGCAGUCUCCUCUGUCUGCACGUGGGGCCUCAACUCCAGGAACAGGUGUGCAGCAGGUGUGCCUGUCUCCAGCUCAGGUGGAUCCCUUCUACAGUCAGGGAGAGUCCCUGUCAUCUGACGAUCAGCUGGACCAGACCUGGGUCACCGUGUUUGGUUUUCCUCCAGCCUCGGCCUCCUACAUCCUGCUGCAGUUCGCUCAGUACGGAAACAUCCUCAAACACACGAUGGCGUCUCCCGGUAACUGGAUGCACCUUCAGUAUCAGUCCAGACUUCAGGCCAGGAAAGCUCUGUCUAAAGACGGAAAAGUGUUUGGUGACGCCAUCAUGGUGGGAGUCAAACCCUGCAUAGACAAGAGUGUGAUGGACAGCAGUGCAGCCGUCUCUUCUCCGCUCUCCACCUCCUUCUCCUCCUCCUCCGUCCUCCCCUCCACUCCUCGCUCCGCCAUCAGACCGCUCAGCGCCGCUUACAGGAGCUCCAGCAGCGACUACCAGGUGCUAGCGGACAGACAGACACCCAGGAAGGAUGACAGUUUUGUUUCCAAGGCGAUGGAGUACAUGUUUGGCUGGUGACAUUACACAAUGCAUCAUGGGAUACCUGCAGCC